UUUCCACCUUGAACAUCAUCAUGAUCCCAGAGGACCCUGCUUUCUAUCUCACAGAAACAGACCGUCAAGUCCUGGCCCAGACUGACGAGGAAUUCAUCUACCAUGACUGGAAAGAACUUCAAGCCAUCAUUGCGCGCAAUGAACUCGGUAUUCUGAAGCGGAAACCCUCCGAUCUCCUCAGAUAUCUCCAAUGGACCAAAGAAAUCAAGAGUGAGUAUGGUUCCAUCAUAAACUACAUCUGCCAGCGUCGUCUGGGAUGGAAUCUACCGGAGACCACCACCACCACCACCACCACCACCACAAAUGGCGCAAGUGGGCCCAUGUCCCUCGCCUUCAAGAACCCGAUCCCCUUUGCCGACCCCGCGGAUUACAAGACCCUCCGCAAUGACUGGCCCUACGGGUUGGCCCCGGGCAUCUCCCAUCUAGUCGUUUGGUCCCGGACCCCGAUCGCCGUGAAAGACCACACGGGAGAAAUCACUGAGGAGUCCCGCGUCCUGAUUGAGGCCUUUGUGCAGAGGACUUUUGUCGCCCGGCUUGCAAAGGAAACGGACGCCUUUCCAAACCCGAACUCGCAUGUCUUGUGGUUUAAGAAUUUUACGGCAUUGCAGAGUGUGAGGGGCUUGGAGCAUGUGCAUGUCUUGCUUCGCGAGGUUCCUGAUCAUCUGUUGCGGGAGUGGACGGGGGAGUAAGACAUGAUAUGAUGAUUUACAUCUUUUUGAUAUAGAAGGUCCUUCAAGCAUAGUGCACUACUCUAGAUUAGAUAAGAUUUACUCACUUUUAACCUGCUCAGUAUUGGGAAUCCUGCAAGA